AUUCAUUGGCGAUUCAGUGGAUAGGCUGCUGCUGAAAUUUCUCCUUCGAUUUCAGAUUACUUUUAUUUCAUUAAACAUGAGGAUUCUAUACAAUGCACUAGGAAGAACUUAUUUCCCACGAAAUAGUGUAGGCUACAAGGGAAUUUCAACACUUGUUUUCACCAACAAUACUCUUGUGGGUGUUUCUCGAUCUGUGUCAUUAUUUGCUCAGCGCUUCGAGGAGAAGAUGAGCGAAACAUGUUAAGGUAUUCAAUCGAGAGAUAAGGUUGGAGAACGGAAAUGACUGGGCUUUUCAAUAGGUUAUCCUAUUUGACAUUAAAUCCGAUGUUGUGAUACAUGCAUUGGCCGAUAUAUAUGACGGGUCAUCCAUAUUUCUCUGGAUCUAAUUUUUUCACCAGAGGGGUGAUAUAGCCUGCUCUGACGUCUGCAUUAGAUAUUGCCCAAUGCAUUUGUUUCUUCUUCAGUGACUUUGAGUUGAGAGAAGCAACUCUACAUCAUCAUUAACAAAAAGGGAAUGAAGAUUUCAUUUGUCUUUUUUUUUACCCUCCGCUGCCCCUCACCCCCCAACGUUUACAGCUAAAACAAAUCCUUAAACACAUCAUAGCCUACAUUGUGGAACAAUCUAUAGAGCCGGAGCAACGCUGGGACCAUGUUUAUUCCGCAGGUUUGGACUGGGAAAUUGCAACUGCCAAUUUAAUCAACAAGGCGCUGCUGUUCUUUAUAAAUCGUCUUUCAUUUUUGCCGGACUUUUUAGUUUUUAAGGAAGACGACUUGUUAUCACUUUUUGAAGGUCUUCUGUAGGCAGUUUUGAGCAAGAUGUCGGAUCUUCUGGUGUUGGUUGAGGGGGUCUGUGACCUGCACGGAUUUCCAUAGCUUGGGAAAACAGCUGGGACCAAUUACGAGGUUUAAACACACGCAUGUUUUUUUUUUACAUGACCAAAUGUAUCAUAUAUAUUUUUUCAGCAAUUUAUUUGAAUUGCUUUUUUAAAACUUUAUUUUCACAAUUUUCUUUGGACCACAGGCGGUUGGAUUAUUGAAACUAUAUAAGGAUUUGUGGAAAUGUUGGGUCCUCAAGAAGAUAAAUUAUGUGGAAUUUUCUCUGCUUUGGCGGCUCUGUCCUUCGUUUGCUUUGCUCAAAGCACCUCCACUGGACAAACUGGAAUAUCUGUGGCCAAGGCCACAGUGGACAAGUUGCUGAAGGGGUAUGACAUCCGUCUAAGGCCUGAUUUUGGAGGUGCCCCAGUCAUCGUAGGAAUGAGCAUCAACAUCGCUAGCAUUGACUCCAUCUCAGAAGUGAACAUGGAUUAUACCAUCACAAUGUAUUUCCAGCAAAGUUGGCGAGACAAGCGUUUGGCAUACGCUGAGCUGCCCCUCAACCUGACUCUGGAUAACCGCGUGGCGGACCAGCUGUGGCUCCCAGACACCUACUUCCUUAACGACAAGAAGUCCUUUCUGCAUGGUGUGACAGUAAAGAACCGUAUGAUUCGACUGCAUCCUGAUGGCACUGUGUUAUAUGGACUCAGAAUAACCACCACAGCAGCUUGCAUGAUGGACUUGAGGAGGUACCCGCUCGACGAACAGAACUGCACCCUGGAAAUCGAAAGCUAUGGGUACACCACAGACGACAUUGUUUUCUACUGGCACGGAGGUGACACUGCGGUGACGGGGGUGGAUAAGCUGGAGCUUCCUCAGUUCUCCAUCGUAGCACUUCGCCUGGUGUCCAGGGAGGUCAGGUUUACCACAGGUUCCUAUCCCAGGCUGUCGUUAAGUUUCAGGAUUAAAAGGAACAUAGGCUACUUCAUCCUGCAGACAUACAUGCCCUCCAUCCUGAUCACCAUCCUCUCCUGGGUCUCCUUCUGGAUCAACUACGAUGCCUCUGCAGCUCGGGUGGCCCUGGGUGUUACAACGGUGCUCACCAUGACAACCAUUAACACCCACCUUAGGGAGACCCUCCCAAAGAUCCCGUACGUGAAAGCCAUCGACGUCUACCUCAUGGGCUGUUUUGUGUUUGUGUUCCUGGCCCUGCUCGAAUAUGCCUUCGUAAACUACGUGUUCUUUGGCCGGGGCCCCCAGCAACAGAAGAAAAUCCACGAGCGGCUGAACAAAACCAACAACGAGCGCCCGCGAUACGAAGAGAAGCGCCUGAGGGAACAGGUGGAUGCUUAUGGGAACAUCCUGCUCACCACAUUGGAGAUGAAUAAUGAGGUGAUGCCGUCAGAUGUGGGAAGUAGUGUCAGUGACUCCCGGAAUUCAGUGAUGUCAUUCGACAGCUCCGGGGUCCAGUUCAGGAAGCCCAUGGCUCCCCGGGAUGGCUUCAGCCACCACUCACUGGACCGCAGCGCCAUGCGCAGCAGGGCCAACUGUCGGCUACGACGGCGCUCCUCCAAGCUCAAGCUGAAAAUCCCUAAUCUGGCAGAUGUCAGCACCAUUGACAAAUGGUCCCGGGUCCUUUUCCCCAUCAUGUUUGGAUUUUUCAACCUAAUCUACUGGUUGUACUAUGUGAAUUGAUGUGCAUCCCACUAGGAAUCAUGGGCCAUAUUUUGAGAGCACAUUAAAUUGGCUUUGAUACAGUUGAAAAUAUGUAUACACAUGUACAAGUUGAUACAUAUGUAUAUGCAUAUUUCUAUAUAUUAUAUUUCUAUAUACACGUGUGUGUGUGUAAAUCUGAAGGACUUUUCUCCUGUAUAAAGCAUUAUUACAAUGACUUGAAUGUUUAAGAAUAAUUGCAAGAGAAACAUUUCAAGCCUUUGAAAUUUCUCCUGAAACAAACAAACAAACGAACUAACUAACAACCAUCAGAUCCCUUUGGGGGAUUUUGGAACUAAAGACUGCAUGAUAUUUUUGCUAAAAAGAAAGCGAAAGCUCUUGAGAGAAGAGAUGUCUCAGAGUCUCAUUGGCUUUUUAUUGAUACUCUGUAAUCAGCGUCCUCUACUGCAGCUCAUCAAAUCAGAGGUGGAUUGUGUGUUCAGGCAUCGGCAGAGUCCCUUAUAUCCAGCUUUUACCCCCCCCCCCCCAUCUCCCAUGGAUAACAUGCAGGAAUUCUCCACUUCUACUCUGUACAGCAACCUUGUUUGGAUUAUGUGUCGUUCCUUGGAUUCUUUCGAGUGACAUUGUUCUCUUUAUGGGACAUCAGCUCUGGUACAAUGCUGGUCUACAUUGGGGCCCAUCAGGAUGGGAUGUUAGAUCACUGUGUUCCUGUCCAGAGUCAGUGCAAACUUAUCUUAAUUUCUCUUCUCAUGUUUGUUUUUAGAGCAGUUCUUUGGGGUGUUUUCAUUAUGGUUACAAAUAUGAUGAUUAUUGUAAUUUUUUUUUUUUACUUGAAAAUAUUGUGUUUUUGGGAGAGUGUCACUUGUUCUAGAGUUAGAGCAUUAUUAUAAAAAGACUCACAGGUUUCAAUUACUCAUUUUGUUUGAGAAAUAGACAUAUACAGUACAUUUUGUCAUCCAGUAUCCUCAAGGACAUAGUUGGAAAAUAUAAUUGUACUCUUUCUUUAACUUCCUGUGCUUGAUUCAUCUGUAGAUACAGUAUUCAUUGCCUCAUAUCCAGAUUUGUGUUCUGUAAGGAAGGAAAGACAACUAUAGUGAAUUAUUUAAAGUUAUUCCACUAUAAAGAUGUGAGAAAAAAUACUGUGCAUUAAAAAGAGAUAUCGCCAUUGUUUAUUUGUUUGAUAUUGAAAUCAACAUUUCAUCGCAUUGUGUGACCUGUUGUUGAACUACUCUCACUGUAAAAAAAAAAAAGUAAAAAAAAAUCGCCCUUAGAAUGUUGGGUACUGAUAUUAUAGUUCCUAUGAAACAUGCCUGUCUUAAAUUCAAAUUGACUCUAUUUAUUUAAGGGUUGUAGCAGGGGGGUGGGAUUAGCAAAAAACUCAACCUCUCACACUCGGUACCUCUGAAAACACUGCAGACCCACCCACCCUUCAAAUGUCACGGAGGAUCAAACCCAGAAGAUCAGAAACAUCAUUAGAAUCUGAAGAAAGGGUUUUAAGUUUCUAGAGGCAAGACAAGAUGUGUGAUAAAUAGCCAUGAACUAAAGAGACAACCAAAAAGGCCUAUAAUCCCCAUUCAAUCUUAAAGUCACUCAUUUCCAUAGGCUCAGAUCCACUAACCAAUGAUAUGUCCACUGCAGGGUUGAUGCCAUGUUGAUCCAAACUGUAACUUUACAGGAGAAAAACAAUACCUUUUUUUUCAUUAUUUGGUUCUGUCUAGAGUGAAGAGGAGAGCAAAUGCAUUCAUACAUUAAAACAGGCAUUUACAGACUAUCUCCAUGUUCAAACUAGUAUCGCCUUGAUUCAACAAUGCAAUGAAGUGCAGUGCAUUUGAUAUUCAUGCUAGGGAAUGACAAAUUCCUUUAAGAUUCCUCCAAGAUUUAAAUGAAAAGAGCAGAAGACACAUUUCCGUUGUUGGCUGUAACUAUGGACAUUAAAGUUGUAUUGUAAAUGUGGUUAUGACUGAAACAUCUAGAGCAUUGUUGAAUCAGAACCUACUGGGUUUUACAUGAUAGUCAAAUGGCACUGGAUGACCGAGGGAAGCAAAGUCACAGAUCAGAUACAGAGGUAGCCAAAAAAAAGAGAUGGGGGGUCCUUUGGACAUUCCAGAGGAUAGGAGAGGAGAAAAUGUUGAGAGCAUCACAGUUAGUGCCUUGCACAUUGCAGUGACUAAUCUCCUCAGAGCUCACUGAUGGGCUCCCCUAAGUUCCAAGAGCUUCUCUCUCCAACUUCUCCAUCCCCUGGCCGGGCUGGCACCAGACAGGCAGGAUACGGACCUCUAAUUGGGAGCGCCAAGCCCCAUGGAAGGCUAGCACAGGACAGGAUGCACCACGGGGCCGAGAGAGAGUGAGAGAUGCAGAAAAUACAGAAAAAGAGAGAGCAUACAGAUGUAGGAUCUUCAUUUGAGUCUGUUUGCUACAGCAGGAAAAAAAAUCCUGCAGCAAUAGGAAAUGUGAAUUAUAAUGUGGAUUAUAAUUAAUGGAUAUUUUUGUAGGGGUUGAUACAUUUUUCAGAAGGGAAAAUCAAGUCUGACAUUUCUAAAUUGAAAUGACAAACUUCAGGAGACUUUUUAAACCUCAAAUACACUACACACACUGCAGGAAAGUUCUCAUGCAACAAAGUGAUCAAAUUAAGAUCCUACAUCUGUAGUAUGGAGCAGAGACUAGAUCUUGGAUCUUGACACUUUUCACCUCAGUAAGUUGGAUGCAUAGAAUUAGGAAUUAUAAAAAAUGUAAUAGGAUCUAUAUGGUUGGAUGCCACUCCAAUAUUCUACCUGUCACAGUGGUAGUUGUGCCACCGAUGACGAUUAGCCUCUGCAACACGUUUGAGAGAAAGUAACCAGAGUUUGCACUAAAUCUAACCUGCAGUGCCAGGUUAUACUACAGCAGAAAAUGAAGCAGUACAGGGACUAAAGGUUAAAAAGGGGAGUUUCUGUUUAAUCUAAAGCAGAAUCAGUGGAUGAUACUAAUCUGUAGGAGGCCGAAGUAUGACGUCACUCGCCGUUACUCAGGAACCUGGCGUCAGAUUUGAAGGAGCUUCUGCACCCUAUUGAUCUAUGUCAGAUUAGUCUACAUAAUACUUCAUAAACAUGACAUAACUGUUGUUGUAACCAUACAUCUCCUUUUGGCAAACGACCCCUGUGGUGUCACAUAUAAGGAUGUAGGUUUGAUAGUGUCGUUAGGAUUCCCAUGAAUGGUUUUAACAUGGAUUGUGUCAUGGUUAAGAUGGCAUUGUAUCGGCUUUAGCCUUCAGAAUUCAGAAUGAACCCAGUGCCAUGUUGCAUUUACUGUAAGAUAUUGUUCACUUUGUCCUUAAUUUCUCAUUUGGAGACAUCGAAAGAUCUGAUCAUAUCGUCAGAGUAGCCUCAGAUGUCCAAACAGAUCUUAGACAGGAAGCAUCUAGAUCUGGCACCAUCUUGCAGUUUUUGUUAUUUUGUUAUUGUCCACAGCCUGUAGAUAAAAUGUUGAGCUCUAUUGAUUUUCAUCUCUCAGUGGUCAAUACGAGCACUACACAUUUCUCUCACCUAUUGUGUGUUAAGGGCUGGAUGGAUGGAGCCCACUGGAUAUCAAACGUCAUGCUAUAUUGGACACAAAUAUAGACCCAACAUGCAACAAUUUCUAAGAUUUUACUGAGUUACAUUCAUAUAAGUAUAUCAGUCAAUUGAAAUAAAUGCAUUAAGCCCUAUUCUAUCUACUGGAAAUACAGAUGUACAUCUGUUAGACACAGAUACCUUAAAAAAGGAUCUCGUCACGGUAUCUCUGUGCAUUCAAAUUGCCAUCUGUAAAAUGCAAUUGUGUUCAUUGUCCAUAGCUUAUGCCUGCCCAUACUAUAACCCCACCGCCACUAUGGGGCACUCUGUUCACAAUGUUAACAUCAGCAAACCGCUCACCCAAAAAACACCAUACACGUGGUCUGCAUUUGUGAGGCCAGUUGGACCUACUGCCAAAUUCUCUAAAACAACGUUGGAGGCGGCUUAUGGUAGAGAAAUUAACAUUAAAUUCUCUGGCAACAGCCCUGGUGGACAUUCCUGCAGGCAGCAUGCCAAUUGCAUGCUCCCUCAAAACUUGAGACAUCUGUGGCAUUGUGUUGUAUAACAAAACUGCACAUUUUAGAGUGGCCUUUUAUUGUCCCCAGCACAAGGUGCACCUGUGUAAUGAUCAUGCUGUUAAAUCAGCUUCUUGAUAUGCUACACCUGUCAGGUUGAUGGAUUAUCUUGGCAAAAAAUAAAUGCUCACUAAAAGGGAUGUAAACAAAUUUGUGCACAACAUUUGAGGGAAAUACGUUUUUUGUGCGUAUGGAACAUUUCUGGAAUCUUUUAUUUCAGUUCAUGAAAUGUGUUAUUUCAGCUCAUGAAACAUGGGACAAACACUUUACAUGUUAUGUUUAUAUUUUUGUUCAGUGUAGAUAAACCUCCCCACCCCCAAUUGGCCAAGUAAGUCAUUUUGUGAAAAUGUUCAAUGGCAAUACAAUGAAUUCAAUUGUUUAAAGUGCCAAACAAGUCUUACAUAGCUUUGAAAAAUAAGAAGAAAAUACAUAAAGCUAUCCACCUCAACAAACAAUUUAGGGGAAGAUGUACUAGCUUAGCAUUUGCAUUUAAACGGCAUAGUGAACAUAUCAAGUAAAGGUAGAAGAUUUUGCCCUUUUGAUUGGAAAUAAUCCAAAUAAUCCAUUUGAUCUGAAUUUCACUUAAAUGCAUUAGAUAGCUCAUGCAUUUCUUUUUUUUCCCACACAUAACGACAGGUAUUCUUUCCUGUAACAUACAGUAAAACAUGUUUAGAUUUGACAGAAAAUAACUAAUGAUUGGUCCGUAUGGAAACCCUUGCAUGCUUGCCGUAAAUAUCCUCAUUACAUUGAACUCACACCUACUGUCUGUAAACCACGUGCAUGUUUUUUGAAAGCUUGGAGGAAACACAUUUUCCAUGUGAUGAUUUAUUUUGCUUAUGCCACAUCUAUUUUGUUGACACAUUAAUGUACAAGGAGUAGUGGAGGUAAAAAGAAACUGUUGAACUAAUUCCAAUGGGAAUUCUCUUGCCUCUUGUGUAUAUGUGUAAUUACAUGUGCAUUGUACUGUACAUAUGUUAUCUUUGCUUAAUAUUUCUUAAUGCAUGAACAACAAAAAACAGGGACGUUCAUAAAAGCAGCUAGCUUCACUGCUAAUGGCAUGGACAGCUUCUAUCGCAUUGGCAUAUUUCUGCAAACAAAACCUUUAAAAAAAGUACAUUUUAAGAAGAGAAUAUAAAGGUUUUGUUUUGCAUGACCUAAGUUUGGAAAGGUUUAUUUUCCUAUUUUUCUAUUCCACACUGUUCAUCAGUUCCAUUCUCACAGCCAGGAAAGGAAGGACCCAGUGUUUACAUGCUCUAGUUGCACUUGUUUCACAGCCAGCUUGACAAAACACUGUAAAGCAAACUAUACAUUCAAUAAAACUGGAGAAAAACUCAAAAAAUAGAAUGUACAUUAUAUAAUUCAUGGUCAACAUGAAUAAUGUGUACCUAUCUAUCAUUUUUACUUAAUGUGUAGCACAUACAAUUUGGAAUCGAUACACCAAGUACAAACUCUAGUUUUAUCAAGUUUAGCUUUAGCACUAACAUCAAUCACCCUCCAGCUACAAAGGAUGUAAAGGAAGCUCACCAGUAGCAUCUGAAUUUAAGCCAUGGGAUUGCAUGCUGAGUGGGUAUUCCCAGCCGUUUCUCUUAAAUGAGUUGCCUCUGGACUGGGGGGUUCUGGUCUGCUGCUGAUUAUGAUGAUACUUGCAGGAGGUUGUGUUGAGUCCCAAUUAUACAUCAGUAUACCUCCCUCUUUCAAGGAGAUUUUACCAGGGAAAACAUACUUGCAAAACAGAUAGCUAGGGGAAAAAUUCUGUAAAAAAUUGGCUAAACAAAUUUAAAGGCCAACCACCCUUAUCUAUUUUAAAGAUUUUAAUCAGUAUUAUUAUUGUUCUUUUUUUAUAUAUUUCUUUGUAUUUGGCUGUAUUUUGUUGCAUUUUGGAUUGUUAUUAUUACUGUAGUUGUGGUUUUCUCAUAAAAAGGAAAUGUAUUUCUACUUGCAACCUGCCCUGGAAGUAAAAUGCAUUUCGUUUUUGUACUGCAAUUGUUUUGUUCUCAUUGAGCUCUUUAUUUUGGUCAGUUAUCUAAUGAGCUGUUUUAUUUCAUUUGGGGUAUUUUUCUAACAUUUCUAUAAUAUGAAGUCGUAUUUUCUUUUUUCGUCUAUGCCAAUUAAUGUUAUAGUGUCAAUCAGCUUUUUUAGGUGUUUGAGCAAAAUACAAGGUGUUAAAAGUAUGUGGUAUAAAAAUGGUUAUCAUUCAAACAACUGACUUUUGACUAAUAAAGGCUUAUACAGUAAAGAAUGACAAUGUCUUUUCGUUUGCCCUUUGAGGACUAAUAUCUAUUGUUUAAUUUACAUUUUGAUGAAUUUAUUUGAUUGUGUUAGUCCCCAAAAGGUCAAUAAAAUACUCAGUUGCAAAAAAAAUCGAUUGAAAAAUGUAAUACGUUUACCGUUGCAUUUUCAAGCUGUUGUGGUUUCACCUGUUGGUUGGUGUGUCUCAUAAGGGCUGUUGGGAUAUGAACACAGACUUGAGGACAAGUAAAAGAAAAGACAAGGGAGAUUUGAAUUAGAUUACAACCAUGACACAUUAAUGAGAGGAUACCUCCAUUCAUGGCCUAUUUCCUGAAUAAAGACACAAAGUGA